CAUUCUCCUCCAUUCGACAACCGGCGUUCUUCCACUCCCACUCAGUCCCAGGCAAGCCGAAGAGUCUUGCGAUUUAACAUUUUACCGACGAAAAUGUCUGGAGAGGAAGGAGGUCCAGUUGCAGUCCAAGAGGCCCCUGCUGCAGCUCCUAUUGGGGAGCCGAUGGACCUUAUGACUGCACUGCGCUUGGUUCUGAAGAAGUCCAAGGCCCAUGGGGGUCUUCUUCGUGGGAUUCGUCAAAGUUCUAAGGCAAUCACAAAGAAUAAGGCCCAACUUUGUGUCUUGGCAGAGGACUGUGAUCAACCAGAUUAUGUGAAGCUGGUGAAAGCACUCUGCGCUGAUAACAGUGUGAAGUUGAUUACAGUUCCUAGUGCUAAAACUCUCGGGGAGUGGUGUGGUUUGUGCAAGAUUGAUUCCGAGGGAAAGGCACGGAAGGUGGUUGGUGCAUCGUGUGUUGUUGUGGAGGAUUACGGUGUGGAACACGAGGGCCUUGACAUUAUCAAGAAUCUGGAGAAGACCCUUUAGAUAAAUAUUUUGCAUUUUGGAGUGAAAUAUGAAGUUCUGUGAGACAUUGUUUUGAACUUGGGUUCUUUUUUUAAAACUUAUUUGUAGCUUACUUUUCAUGAGAUCUUGAGAAACUGAGGAUUUCCAUUUAGACUAUCAUCUGCUUGGUUUUCAGAGUUAGCAAAAUCCAAUUCCCGUUUUCAUUUCAUUCGUAGUUCAUCUGCUUGAUUCAUUUCAUUUGCAAUUUUGGUUCCAGUUUCUAUCCAUCUGCCGGUGGCUGGGAGAACACUUGUUAGAUUGAACUCUUCUUGUGAUACAUUGAUAUAAGAGGAGCAUUGACCAAGGGAGUAAAUAGACCAAAAUGCC